GCAUAAAGUAGGUAACAGGGAGGAGAGGAGUUGUGAAGGAAAGUCCCGCAGUGUGCUCCUUGCGCUGCUGUCGCUACGUUACCCGGGUUUAUCAGCUAAAGCUAACUAGGGGAAACCACUCAUCGGAUUUUAAAAUAUAUAACGGAAACCAAAAUGGCCUCUGAUUCGGGCUACGGUCAGCAUGGCGCUGCACAGAGCUAUGGGUCGUAUGGCAGUCAACCAGGUGGACAGGGUUACGGUCAGGGAAAUGGCAGUGGCACCUAUGCAGCACCGACUUACCCUGGCUAUGGGCAACCAACUACAACACCAGAGGCUUACGGUCAGCCUACCGCUGCAGCCUACGGUCAGCCACCGAGCUACGAAGGCUAUGGAGCGCCGGCAGCCCAGGAAACUACAGGGUAUAGUGAUAAGUCGUCCUACGGUUCAAGUGCCUACGGCCAGCCGCCGCCGCCAGCGGCUUACGGUGGAGGUGGCGGCUAUGGAAGAAGGACUGAAGGUGAAAGCGGAGGCGCGCCCACGAGGUUCGGACGGGACGAGGGGGGUGCGGACCGCUCAGAAGGCUACAGAGGGCGGGGGCGUGGGAGCGGCGGCGGUGGCUUUGAGCGUGGCGGAUAUGACCGUGGGGGCUAUGAACGUGGCGGAGGAGGAGGCGGUGGCUACGAUCGCGGGUCAAGAGGAGGGCCUCCGGGUAUGGGAGGUGGUGACCGUGGUGGCUACAAAAAUUUCGGUGGCUCCCGAGACUACGGCCAAAGGGAUGAGCCUGGAGGUGGAGGCAGCAGUGGUGGGGCUGAAGACAACUCUGACAACAACACAAUCUUUGUCCAGGGACUUGGAGAAGAGGUCACGCCUGAUGAAGUCGGCACUUACUUCAAGCAGAUUGGCAUCAUUAAGUUGAACAAGAAGACGGGCCAGCCGAUGAUUAACCUGUACUCGGAUAAAGCCACCGGCAGGCUAAAGGGAGAGGCCACCGUCUCUUUUGACGACCCGCCCUCCGCCAAAGCCGCCAUCGCAUGGUUUGACGGCAAGGAGUUUAACGGCAAGGCCAUCAAGGUGUCGUUCGCCACCCGCAGGGCCGAGUUCACGGCGAGAGGAGGUGCCCGAGGGGGCGGAGGGGCUGGAGGAGGCGGCGGCGGCAGUGGAGGUAGAGGAGGGUUCAGGGGUCGUGGCGGUGGAGGACCCAACUUUGAUGUCAAGGGAGGAGACUGGCCGUGCCCAAAUAGCUCUUGCGGCAACAUGAACUUUGCACGUCGAUUUGAAUGCAACAAAUGUGGCACGCCCAAACCCGGGGACAGCUUCGGAGGAGGAGAGCGUGGCGGGCGUGGCGGCUACGGCGGUGACCGUGGCGGCGGAUUCCGGGGUCGCGGUGGGUUCCGUGGUGGAGACCGCGGUGACCGUGGGGGCUAUGGCGGCGGUGGCGGCGGCGGCUACAAAAUGGGAGGACGAGGUGAUCAUAGAGAAGACAGAAGAGACCGGCCAUACUAAAUGUUCAGCAGUCGACCCGGUUCCAGCCCAGGGGUGUGUGGUGGUUGGGAGCGUGGUAUGGGGGAGGGCUAUGGGGGGAGGAAGGGAUUCGGCUUUGAGAGGGAUUGGAUGGGAUGGGGGGGGGGGGGGGUCGGGGGGGGGGGGGGGGGGGGGGGGGGGGGGUGGGAGAACUGCUGGAAAACUGACUUGCAUACCUUCCUUUUCUUUGCCAAUGCAUCCCAUGUUGCUUUCUGUUUGUGAUGGAAAGAUGUACAGCGACUGUGAAGGGACUUUUUGGGCUGUAUGGACGCAUCUGUAUUGGGGUCAAAUGUUUUAUUUUUUUCCUCAUUUUAUUUGUACAUCUUUUUUUUUUUCUUCUUAAAUUCUAGGUCCAGGCUUUUUUUGUGGGGUAGACUUAUUGUUUUGUUUUGUAUGAUCAAAAUAAACUGUUAAACCUUUUUCCAAAAUAUUAAAAACUUGUGCUUUUU